CUUCCGCGCUCCGUGUGGAGCGCACUCAGUGUACGACAGUAUAUUAUCCACAGAUCAUAUCCAGAGGACAAGUUAGAGAUGAUAUAAAACUGUAUUCUGGUGAGAGGGGAAUGAGCUGUUCGAAGUAAACUGAUCUCGAUUAGGUAUAGUUUAGUCUACCCCAUACAGUGCAGUGCCUACUCUCCGCGCGAAGACAGGGGCGACAUCAGACAUCGCACUCCGAGUGGACCUAUAUUAAAACUGAUUUCAAAUGGACUACACAAAAGGACUGGACAAUAUCUAGUCACAGUACACAGAAACUCCAGAGGACUUUACUGUGUUGGGGAUCGUAAGACAGCAGCUGCAUACCUCAUAGGAUAUCCCAAGUUGUAAAGGAGGAUGGGGUGUGUGUGGCUGGUGAUGGUGUAUGUGGUGUGUGUGUGCCUUUGGGGUCAGAGCGAGUCGGACAGGACCAACCAGGCCUCUCCCAUCCAUCUGCAGGUUGGCAAUGGAGCCUCAGAACUGUGUAUGAUAGAUGUGAUUCUGUGCCAGAAUGAGAAUGCGUUGCUGAGUUUCGAGGCGAUCCGUAGCAUCCACAAACUGAUGGAUGAUGAUGCGGAUGGAACCGUGGACAUGAGCGAGACAGAUGGGUUCCUGAGGGAGGAUCUGAAGUACCAUGACCCCAAAGGGAAACACAACAGUUUCCAUGGAGCAGACCUUCUCAUCAGUGUAGAGGACAUGUGGAACGUAUGGAGGGCCUCGGACGUGUACAACUGGACAGUGGAGGAGGUGGAGGACUGGCUCAUACACUAUGUGGAGCUCCCUCCGUAUGUGGACAUCUUCAAGAAGCACAAUCUGGACGGAAGGGCCUUACCCAGGUUGGCAGUAAAGAACAUCACUCUCACUCUGUCCAUUCUGAAGAUUAUUGACCGGAGUCACGCCCAGAAACUACAGCUGAAAGCAAUGGACACCGUGCUGUUCGGACCACCACUCAUGAGCAGACACAGCUACUUGAAGGACCUGAUGUUGGUGGUCUCCAUAGUGAUGGCGCUGGGUGGCUGCUGGUUUGCUUACAUCCAGAACCGUAGCUCCAAAGACCACCUGGGCAAGAUGAUGAGGGACCUGGAGGGCCUACAGAGAGCAGAGCAGAGCCUGCACGACCUGCAAGAGAAGUUGCAGAUCGCCCAGGAGGAGCAUCGUAGUGUGGAGGUUGAGAAGGUAACGUUGGAGCAACGUCUGAGGGACGAGAUCAACGAAGCCAAGCAAGAGGCCCAGAGACUCGGUAAGCUACGGGAGGGAACAGAGAACGAGUGGAGCAGGCAGAAAUACGCUGAGGAAGAGCUGGAUCAGGUGCGUAUGGCCCUGAAGAAGGCAGAGCGGGAGCUGGAGUCUCGGGCCUGCUGGUCUCCCCCUGAUGCCCUUAAGACCUGGCUGCAGCUGACCCAUGAGAUAGAGGUCCAGUACUACAACAUCAAGAAACAGAGCGCUGAGAAACAACUACUUCAGGCCAAAGAAGGGGCUGACAAGAUCAAGAAGAAGAGGAGCACCCUGUUUGGGACGUUCCAUGUGGCUCAUAGCUCCUCCCUGGACGACGUUGAUCACAAGAUCCUGACUGCCAAGCAGGCUCUAGGUGAGGUGACGGCUGCUCUGAGGGAGAAACUUCACCGCUGGCAGCAGUUGGAGUCUCUUACAGGCUUACCAUUGGUCAAUAACCCCGGUCUGCCCGCCCUGGCUGCUGCCCUCAACCUAGACCCCGCCUUCCUGGGCCUGCACCCGCCGACCCUGCAGCACCUAAUCCUAUCAGACGAUUUAGACGACAUGGACGAGGAUAUCCUGUCCCCAGGGACGCUGCGGUACGCGGCCUGGCAGAUGGACCGGCGAGUGAGUGACCUCUGGCCAAUGAGCGGCAUCUCCGACAGCCAAUCCCCAUGGAAGUAUUCUGCUCCCAACCUGAUGCCCCUGCGACAGCGCCCGGGAGACCCUUCACUGGCCCUGGGCUAUCAGAGGGAUCUGAACUGGUCUGACUCAGACCCCUCCCUCUUCCUGUCCCAGAGCCAAUCACAGCGCACCUCCAUAUCUAAGACCCUCCCACCAAAGCCCCUCACCCAGCAGGGCCACAGCUCCAAUGGGAGCAGGGCUCCCAUUGACAGCCCCCUGAUGAUGUCAUACGGCCUGGAGAAGAGCUCCAGUCUUGGGGAGCUCCGCGGCGGAGGAAGUCCCGCCCUCGCCCCUGCUUACUCCACACACUCCCUAUGCCCCGCCUCCUUUGACCCUGAUGCACGGUCGGGGAAGGAGGACAGCCGUAUUCCCCACAUGCAGGCAAAGAAGAGCCCCCUGGAAGAGGACAGCUGUUUCACGGGUGAAGGGAUCGACUUGAGCAACGAGCGCAAGAAACACACCUUCAAGAUAUUCAAGAAGAGGAAGUAGGCGUAAUAUCACUCUGUCCUCACAGGGAGGCACCACAGAGAAAGAGCUACACUUCCGCUGUUCACACUAUAGGCUAGCAUACCACUUAGAAUAAACCAGUGUAUUGGGCAUGCAUUCGAAGGGGUCUACAACUAGUAUGGAUAUUAGAACAUGGCUGUGGACUAAGAAUAAAUAAGUGACAUGGUCUAAAGACAUAUAAAUAAAUUACAUGAAUUAAAGAAAAAUAAAUAAGUUACAUGGACUAAAAACAAAAAAAGAAGUUACAUAGACUAAAGAAAAAUAAAUAAGUUACAUGGACUAAAGAAGACCUAGAUAAAUGGCAUUUACAUCGAUGCGAUUCUCGUCUAAUGCCUUAUCGGAGGUGUCUCUCUCUGGACAUACCAGUUCAACUCCCACUCUUUUCUAAUAGCUCUUUGCUUUUUAUACAGCGUUACAGAGUAGGCCAAGCCUUGAAGAAAUGUUUAAAGCUUUAAAUGUGAAUGCAGCAAUAGUUAAAGAUAUUAUUUAUAAAGUUGUUUGUGACCAUACAGGCCAGCAAGGUUUUAUUUGAUAUUAUUUUUGUAAUUUCUAAUUUUAAGGGUACUUAAGUGUUUUUAUUUUUUUUAUUUUAUGUUUUGAAGGGGGUUUGGUACUUUACUUUUCCAGAGGCUGUGGGUACAGAUAGAUUUGGGGAGUUGAUUCCAGUCAAAAGUUUUGGCACACCUACUCAUUCAAGCGUUUUUCUUUAUUUUUACUGCUUUCUACAUUGUAGAAUAAUAGUGAAGAAACCUAUGAUAUUACACAAAAAAAAGUGUUAAACAGUUCUAAAUAUAUUUUAUAUUUGAGAUUCUUCCAAGUAACCACCCUUUGCCAUGAUGACAGCUUUGCACACUCUUGGCAUUCUCUCAACCAGCUUCAUGAGGUAGUCACCUGGAAUGCCUUUCAAUUAACAGGUGUGCCUUGUUAAAAGUUCAUUUGUGGAAUUUCUUUCCUUAAUGUGUUCGUGCCAAUCGGUUGUGUUGUGACAAGGUAGGGGUGGUAUACAGAAGAUAGCCCUAUUUGGUAAAAGACCAAGUCCAUAUUAUGGCAAAACAGCUCCAAUAAGCAAAGAGAAACGACAGUACAUCAUAACUUUAAAACAUGAAGGUCAGUCAAUCCGGAAAAUGUCAAAACUUUGACAUUUUCCUCAAGUACAGUCGCAAAAACUAUCAAGCACUAUGAUGAAACUGGCUCUCAUGAGGACCACCACAGUAAAGAAAGACCCAGAGUUACCUCUGCUGCAGAGGAUAAAUUCAUUAAGAGUUACCAGCCUCAGAAAUUGCAGCCCAAAUAAAUGCUUCAUAGACACAUCUCAACAUCUAUUGUUCAGAGAAGACUGCGUGAAUCAGGUCUUCAUGGUCGAAUUCCUGCAAAGAACUAAAGGACACCAAUAAGAAGAAGAGACUUGCUUGGGCCAAGAAACACGAGCAAUGGACAUUAGACUGGUGUAAAUCUGUCCUUUGGUCUGAUGAUUUUUGUUUCCAAACGCUGUGUCUUUGUGAGACACAGAGUAGGUGAACCGAUGACCUCUGCAUGUGUGGUUCCCACCGUGAAACAUGGAGGAGGAGGUGUGAUGGUGCUUUGCUGGUGACACUGUCAGUGAUUAAUUUAGAAUUCAAGGCACACUUAACCAGCAUGGCUACCACAGCAUUCUGCAGCGAUACGCUAUCCCAUCUGGUUUGUGCUUAGUGGGACUAUCAUUUGUUUUUCUACAGGACAGUGACCCAAAACCCCUCCAGGCUGUGUAAGGGCUAUUUGACCAAGAAGGAGAGUGAUGGAGUGCUGCAUCAGAUGACCUUGCCUCCACAAUCACCCGACCUCAACCCAAUUGUGAUGGUUUGGGAUGAGCUGGACUGCAGAGUGAAGGAAAAGCAGCCAACAAGUGCUCAGCAUAUGUGGGAAUUCAUUCAAGCCUGUUGGAAAAGGAUUCCAGGUGAAGCUAGUUGAUAUAAGGCCAAGAGUUUGCAAAGCUGUCAAGGCAAAGGGUGGCUACUUAGAAAAAUUUCAAAUAUUAAAUAUAUUUUGAUUUAUUUAACACUUUUUUGGUUACUAUGAUUCCAUAUGUGUCAUUUCAUAGUUUUGAUAUCUUCACUAUUAUUCUACAAUGUAGAAAAUAGUAAAAAUUAAGAAAAAACCUUGAAUGAGUAGAUGUGUCACACAUUUUUUAAGGUGCUUUUUAGUCCAAGUUUAGGCUCAAUCCAUGUCUGGGAAACCGGCCCAAUGUAUCCUGCCAAAGAUGUACGCUACCGUUCAAAAUUUGGGGUCACUUAGAAAUGUCCUUGUUUUUGAAAGAAAAGCACAUUUUUUGUCCAUUAAAAUAACAUCAAAUUGAUCAGAAAUACAUUGUAGACAUUGUUAAUGUUGAAAAUUACUAUUGUAGCUGGAAACAGCUGAUUUUUAUGGAAUAUCUACAUAGGUGUACAGAGGCCUAUUAUCAGCAACCAUCACUCAUGUGUUCCAGUGGCACAUUGUGUUAGCUAAUCCAAGUGUAUCAUUUUAAAAGGCUAAUUGAUUAUUAGAAAAUAAUUUUGCAAUUUAUGUUAGCACAGCUGAAAACUGUUGUGCUGAUUUAAAGAAGCAAUACAACUGGUCUUCUUUAGACUAGUUGAGUAUCUGGAGCAUCAGCGUUUGUGGGUUCGAUAACAGGCUCAAAAUGGCCAGAAACAAAUAACUUUCUUCUGAAACUCGUCAGUCUAUUCUUGUUCUGAGAAAUUAAGGCUAUUCCAUGUGAGAAAUUGACAAGAAACUGAAGAUCAUGUACAACGCUGUGUACUACUCCCUUCACAGAAAAUCGCAAACUGUGUAUUACGCCCUUCACAGAAAAGUGCAACCUCUAACCAGAAUAAAAAGAGGAGUGGGAGGCCCCAGUGCACAAUAGAGCAAGAGUCCAAGUACAUUAGAGUGUUUAGUUUGAGAAACAGAUGCCUCACAAGUCCUUAACUGGCAGCUUCAUUCAAUAGUACCCCCAAAACACCAGUCUCAACGUCAACAGUAAAGCGGUGAGUCCAGGAUGCUGGCCUUCUAGGCAGAGUUCAUCUGUCCAGUGUCUGUGUUCUUUUGCCCAUCUUAAUCUUUAAUUUUUAUUGGCCAGUCUGAGAUAUGGCUUUUUCUUUGUUUUCUUUUUAUUGUCCAGUCUGAGAUAUGGCUUUUUCUUUGCAACACUGCCUAGAAGGCCAGCAUCCCGGAGUCGCUAUGCUUUCAACCAUCUAAAAGCACAACCAAAUUCAAAUGAACAAAUAAUGUCCGAUUUUUUGUUAAGUUGUCAGCGAAAUGUUUAUCACAGCGCUUUUAACCAUUUAAAUGCACAGCAGAGUUCAAAUGGGAAUGCAAUGCCAGAUAUUUGUUUAUUUAUACAACAAAUUCAUGUUUUAUCACUGUGCUUUAUCUUAUAGCAGAACCAAAUGACCUAGAUUGUAGAUGAUAUUACAUUAAAAGUACAUAGGGCAAGUGAUAGAUGCGGUUUGAGAUUCUGCACAGAUUGUUACAGCAAUUGUGAACAUCUCCACAGACCUGCGAUGACCUAUGCAUGCUAUCUUGGACAGGCACACUUGAUAUUAUUACAUAAGAAGACAUCUUUUGAGUCCUCCCGAGUUGCGCAGCCGUCUAAGGCUGCAUCGCAGGGCUAGCUGCCUCACUACAGAUCCUGGUUUGAUCCCAGGCUGCGUCGCAGCCGGCCACGACCCGGGACACCCAUGAGGCAGUGCACAAUUGGCCCAGCGCCGUCCUGGUAAGGAGAAGGUUUGUCUGGCUGGGUUGUCCUUGACCCAUUGCGCUCUAGCAACUCCUGUGGCGGUCCGGGCGCAAUACACAGUCGCCAGUCGCCAUGUCCCUGCAGCAAUGUUCCAACAUCUAGUGGAAAGCCUUCCCAGAAGAAUAAAGGCUGUUAUAGCAGCAAAGGGGGGACCAUCUCAAUAUUAAUGCCUAUGAUUUUGGAAUGAGAUGUUCGAAAAGGUGUCCACAUACUUUUGGUCAUGUAGUGUAUAAUUUGUUAACUUGUCCACAAGGAUCGGACCCUUUUUUUCAAAUUUCGCCUUUAAUGGCAUACCCAAAUCUAACUGCCUGUAGCUCAGGACCUGAAGCAAGGAUAUGCAUAUUCAUGACACCAUUUGAAAGGAAACACUUUGAUAUUUGUAGAAAUGUGAAAUGAAUGUAGGAGAAUAUAGCACAUUAGAUAAAAGAUAAUACAAAGAAAUAUCCAUGUGUGUUUUUGUAUUUGUUUUACCAUCAUCUUUGAAAUGCAAGAGAAAGGCCAUAAAUUAUUAUUCCAGCCCAGGCACAAUUUAGAUUUUGUCCACUAGAUGGCAGCAGUGUAUGUGCAAAGUUUUAGACUGAUCCAAUGAACCAUUGUAUUUUUGUUCAACUUUUCUUUUUUUAAUCAAUGUCACGCCCUGACCAUAGUAAGCUGUUUAUUCUCUGUGUUGGUUGGGGCGUGACAGUGACUUGGGUGGGUCAUCUAGGUGAAUUUGUAUGUCUAUGGUGAUAUGGUUCCCAAUUUAUCGUUGUCUCUGAUUGGGCAUCAUAUUUAGGUACCAUUUCCCCAUGGUUAUUCGUGGGCUCUUGUCUACGGAUAGUUGCCUGUGUGCACCAGUAACUUCACGUUUCGUUUGUGCUUGUUUGUUUUGUUUCGCUGAGUUUCGGUUUAUUAAAAAUAUGUGGAACUCUACUCACGCUACGCCUUGGUCUACUCAUUACGACGAGCAUGACAAUCAAGACUGCCCAAAUGUGCCUAAUUUAUUAUUAAUAAUUUUUCAAGUUCAUAACUGUGCACUCUCCUCAAACAAUAGCAUGGUAUUAUUUCACUGUAAUAGCUACUGUAAAUUGGACAGUGCAGUUAGAUUAACAAGAAUUUAAACUUUAUACCAAUAUCAGAUAUGUAUAUGUCCUGGGAAAUGUUGUUACUUUCAACCUCAUGCUAAUCGCAUUAGCCAACAUUAGCUCAACCGUCCCGAGGGGGACACACCAUACCUGUAGAAGUUAGUAGGCUAUUUAUUGUAUUUCAAAAAUAAUAUUGAAUUGUUUGGUUUUCAAUGCCACUAAAUAUCAAAACUUGAAGGAAAUGCAUCUUCUGCUUGGAUAGUUCCAUCUGUGCCACAGACUUAGUCUGGCUUUAAUUCCAGUUUGUCUACAAAUUAAUGAUUGUUAUUUGUAUUUAUUAUGGAUCCCUACUCUUCCUGGUGUCUGGCGAAAUUAAGGCAGUUAUACAAUUUUAAAAACAUUAUAAUACAUUCAUUACAGAAUUCACAACACAUAAAGUGUGUGCCCUCAAGCCCAUGCUCCACUACCACAUAUCUACAACGCAAAAUCCAUGUGUACGUGUUAUCAUGUGUGUGUAUGCAUGUGUCUGUGCCUAUGUUUGUGUUACUUCACAGUCCCCGCUGUUCCAUAAGGUGUAUUUUUACCUGCUUUUUAAAUCUGAUUCUACUACUUGCAUCAGUUACCAGUCUCUUCUGGACUUGGGGACUGUGAAGAGACCUCUGGUGGCAUGUCUUGUGGGGUAUGCAUGGGUGUCCGAGCUGUGUGCUAGUAUUUUAAACAGACAGCUCGGUGCAUUCAGCAUGUCAACACACAAGUAGUAAGGGAGUGAGUCUCUCUUCCACUUUGAGCCAUGAGAGAUUGACAUGCAUGUCAUUAAUGUUAGCUCUCCGUGUACUUUUAAGGGCCAGCCGUGCUGCCCUGUUCUGAGCUAACUUCAAUUUUCCCAAGUCCCUCUGUGGCACCUGACAACACGACUGGUGCGACAAAACCACAGAUCUGCCUUGUUGAUAGUGUUAAGAAGGCAGAACUGAGCUUUAUUAUGGACAGACUUCUCCCCAUCUUAGCUACUGUUGUAUCAAUAUGUUUUGACCAUGACCGUUUACAAUCCAGGGUUACUCCAAGCAGUUUAGUCACCUCAACUUGCUCAAUUUCCACAUUAUUCAUUACGAGAUGUAGUUGAGGUUUAGGGGGGUUUAGUGAACGAUUUGUCCCAAAUACAAUGCUUUUAUUUUUGGAAAUAUUUAGGACUAACUUAUUCCUUGCUACCCAUUCCGAAACUAACUGCAGCUCUUUGUUAAGUGUUGCAGUCAUUUCAGUCGUUGUACUAGCUGACAUGUAUAGUGUUGAGUCAUCUGCAUACAAACACACUGGCAUUACUCAAUGCCAGUGGCAUGUUGUUAUGUUGGAUUCACACCUCUAUCUCAACCAAAAAGUAAGUUAAAGAAUAGGAGUAAAUCAAGUCAAACUUGAAAUGCAAUUUAAAUCUUCCAAGCAGAAGAUACAUCUCCUUCAAAUGUUGAUAAUUGGCUGUGUUGACAACCAAACAACGCACUAAAUAUCAUGACAUUUGAAAUCAAUCAGAGCUUCAAACCUUCGGCCUUUCAUCAUUCAUUUGCUCUGUUAAACUUACCCUUUGGAAUGACUUUGAUAGCAACAGGGAUCUAUUUCAUUUUUAAGUGGAGUGUUCUACAGUCAUUGUCAUGAUAGCACAUUGAUAAUUGUCACCGAUCAAUCUCAUAGCUAAGCAGGGCUGGGCUUGGUUAAAAACCUUGAUGGGAGACUAAAGGGUAGCUGUAGAUAGAUCAAUUCUCCACUAGGAGGUGCUGCUAAGCCUACUGUUUUCUUCUGAUCGUUGAAGAUCUGACGUUGUUUUAACGGUACAAAUUCAACAGAUUUUGACAUGGUUUGUUUAUGUUGAAAUGUGGUUACUAUGAUGAGAUAAUCCUGUGGUUGAGGACAUAUUGUGAUGUCAAAUUACACUUCGCAAUACGUUGUCAAAUGACAUUGAAACAAAGUUGAUUCAACCAGUUUGUGCCCUGUAGGUUGUUUCCACCUGUAGAUAAAGAAGUGAUUUAAAGGUUUGUAACAAAUACACACACACACACACUGUUUACUCUGUUUCAGUAUAGUUAUUGUAUGCAUGUUAUUGAGUGUAUCAUGACUUGGCUUUUCAUCUAACUUCCUGUCUGGGAAUAAUCAGCACUAUGAAGACAGUUUGUUUUCCUCUUGUUUUGCAAAGCAAAUAAAUAUAAAUCUCUGAUUGUGUCA